UCAAGUCACUUGUGUGCAGUGCUCCGCUGAUUUGCAUGUAGCCGUGUUGAGAUUUUAUCUAUCUAGCUGUAUAUUUCCUACACUGCACAUUUUUUCUAUUCGGCCCCGGGGGAAAGAAAACAGUUUAAGGAAACACGGAAGUUAGAUGCCUGUGUGACUCUAAGCAUUAAAUCUAUGCGUCGAACGGCGAGACGACAGCGGCGCUUCUUCCUCCAUCACUCCGGAAGUGACGCGCAGCUGCUGUCAAAGCCCACGGUAGUGAGUAAGACAGACUGGAGAGUAAAUAACCUUUUCGUGUUCGGUAUCGUCGUCUCCAUCUUUAAAGGGCUGCCGCGUAUCUCAUCGUGCGGGGAGCGAGAUGGGGGCAGUACUGGGCCUCUGCUCCAUGGCGAGCUGGGUAAUGUGCCGAAUUCGCGAUGGCGGCUUCUCUGCUUCCUUCCCUCUCAUGCGGCCCAUCGCGGGGUGAGGGGAAUGGCUAUACCAUGUUUGUGUGGCAGUGCCCCAUGUCUGUUGUGCCGAUGCUGCCCCAGUGGAAAUAACUCUACUAUAACAAGAGUGAUCUAUGCUCUUUUCUUGCUCCUUGGUGUGGGUGUUGCAUGUGUGAUGCUAAUUCCAGGAAUGGAAGAACAGCUGAAGAAGAUUCCUGGGUUUUGUGAUGGCCAGGUAAACUGCGAUGUUUUAGUAGGAUAUAAAGCAGUGUAUCGGGUGUGCUUUGGUAUGGCCAUGUUCUUUCUCCUGUUCUCCUUAUUGAUGAUCAAAGUGAAGAGCAGCAGUGAUCCAAGGGCAGCAGUACACAAUGGAUUCUGGUUCUUUAAAUUUGUCAUAGCUGUCGCAAUUACAGUUGGAGCAUUUUUUAUUCCAGAAGGACCCUUUACAACAGUGUGGUUUUAUGUAGGCAUGGCAGGUGCUUUCUGCUUCAUUCUUAUCCAGCUGGUUUUACUUAUUGAUUUUGCCCACUCUUGGAAUGAAUCUUGGGUUGAAAAAAUGGAGGAAGGAAACUCCAGAUGCUGGUAUGCAGCUUUGCUAUCUGCCACAGCAUUAAAUUAUCUUCUGUCUCUGGUGGCAAUUGUCCUCUUUUAUAUUUAUUAUACUCAACCCGAUCGCUGUUCUGAAAAUAAGGCAUUCAUCAGUGUCAAUAUGUUGCUGUGUAUUGGAGCAUCUGUAAUGUCAAUUUUGCCUAAAAUCCAGGAAUCACAACCAAGAUCUGGGUUGUUGCAGUCAUCAGUGAUCACAGUUUAUACAAUGUAUCUAACUUGGGCAGCAAUGACAAAUGAGCCAGACAGACAAUGCAAUCCAAGCUUGCUGAGCAUAAUUGGCUAUAAUUCCACAAGUACUCCAAGCAAGGGUCAGUAUGUCUAUUGGUGGGAUGCCCAAGGAAUUGUUGGCCUCAUCCUAUUCUUAAUGUGUGUUCUUUACUCAAGCAUCCGGACAUCCAAUAAUAGCCAGGUAAAUAAACUGACACUAACCAGUGAUGAGUCAACCCUGAUAGAAGAUGGACUUCCUAGGAAUGAAGGCUCCCUUGAUGAAGGAGAUGAUUUCCACCGUGCUGUUGAUAAUGAGAGAGAUGGAGUUACUUACAGUUAUUCAUUCUUCCACUUCAUGCUUUUUCUUGCUUCGCUUUACAUCAUGAUGACUCUAACCAACUGGUAUAGUCCUGAUCCCACCUCUGCAUUAAUGACCAGUAAGUGGCCGUCUGUCUGGGUGAAGGUAUCUUCCAGCUGGAUUGGUAUAGUCCUCUACGUCUGGACUCUGGUGGCUCCACUUGUUCUAACAAACCGUGAAUUUGACUAAGCAAAGCAUCUCAUCUGAAGGCUCCUACGUGGUUUUGUUGCUAAUUUGAAGAUAACAGUAUUCAGCACCACGAUGUAAUUUGUAAAUAUAUGUGGGUGUUGUCUAUGUAGUUUAUCGUGUUGUCUUCUGCAUGGUUAUACUUCUAGAUCAUGUUAUCUUGCUGUUUCAGUGGAUAUUGUCUAGUUGAGCUUGAUGAUGAUUAAUACUAAGCCUUCUUUUAAGUGGCAGUUAGAGGGAAGUAAAGCCGUGUGUUGGAGAUAGAGAGCAGGGAAGAGGAUGCUAACUGUCCCUCGUUGCUAUUGUUGGCACCUUCCAGUUCAUGGACAGUGAUUGUAUGAAGUAGGGAGACUUUUGUAUCCAUGGAGGCUCUCUGGGUGUUAGAACCCUGAUUGGGAGUCUUCAUAGAUACAAAGAUUUCCUGCAUGAUGCAGUCACCUUCCAAAAAUUGGAAGGUGAUGAAAAAUGUGUGUGUGGGGGGUGUUAGUGUGCCUAUCCCAAUGUCUUGUCAUGUGUUUCCUUUCCCCUAACUAGCACUUGAAGAGGGCUCUAGGGUCAAACAAAAUAUGGCAGCGGUUCCAUAUGUGUAACACACAGAACUUCCCCAAUUGCCUAUAGGGGCAUCUGCUUUUGAAAAGGGGUGUGCAGGUGAGUACAGAACUUUUCCCUGUCCUUAGCUUUUCUUCCUACAUCUCUUCUCUUCUGGCAUAUUUAUUCCAUCUGGGAUCUUGAUAGUGGAAGGAAACAGGGCUGAGAGAAAAGCAUGAAGGGAGAGAAGCUAAAGGUAAAACAUGGGGUGGUUCUGUUUCCGGUUUCCGUAAUGUGCUUUUUGUAUUUAUUUUUUUUAUUAACCCCCCCCCCAUUGUUGCUUUCUAUGUGAUGGGAGCAUUUCUGCGCAAGAAUGCUUGCAGUUCUGUCUGUUUUGGCCUUUGUUACCAUAGAUUAGGGCUGAGUCAGAAUUAGGAGGUUCUUUUCAUUAAACAAUUUGCAAAAAAAGGUUAUCCCAUUUUGGUGAUCUUUUAGAGGGGCAAUUGUAGAUGGGGUGGAAAUGUUUAUUUCCCUUAGGCAGCAACUGUUACUUUGAAGAAAGCUGCUUUCAGUAUAAUCCUUCCUCUCUUCAAGUGAGCAGAGGCAGAUCAGGGUUUGCAACACCAUUAAAGGCAACACUCUUCUAAGCAUUGCCUCCGCCUCUUUAGGGCAAAUACUUUGCCAAUUGCACAGUGAUUUCCCCUCAACAGUGGGAGUAUUGUCUUUGAAAAUGUGUUCUCCAUGAAAUGUCACAUUUCAUAUGAGAUGUGUAACCCCCAAAUAUUUGACUCAGCCCUACUGCUGAAGCACUCCUAGCUCUUGUUUUGAGUGAAAAGAUGCAUUUCAAAAAGUGCGUUUCAAUGCAUAUAAAUAGGCCAAGAUUGAAAUCUAAUCACUUGCAGUUAUAAUCAGAUGGGAAACCAUGAAGUGUUAAAAGUAAGCUAGGACUGUCCUUGACAAUCUUAUUGGCCUUGAUUGCCGUUUAAGUUUAUUAAGUGUUGCAGGGCAAUUUGCUUGUAAGUACACUGUUAACUGUGAUCUAGCAAGGAAUGCUAAAAAUGUAGUCUUAUCUCUUGCAGCUGUGAUACAUACCUGACAAAUUGAAGAAAAUAAAGCAAUAGUAAGAGGCAGGUGAUGGCUGCUAGCCUUUUGAUGAUACUCAGUUAAGCACAUAUGGAUGGUUGCGUAGGAGAGUCUGAUAAGUGAGAAUCAAAUAUCAGGUGUGAAGUCUUGAUUACCUUUAGGUGACAGCUGAUCUAUAGAGCUACAGCUUUUGUUUGUUGAACAAAUGCACAGAAACAUCAAAUCUAAGCCUUAGCUGAUGAUGAGGCAAAACAAGGAGUGGGGGGUAGCAAGAAUAUGCCUUUGAUUCAGUUGCCAUUUUAAUAAAAUUUUGUGGUUUUUUUGAAGGGCAAAGAGCCCCACCUAGAUUGGAGUUGGUAUGAGCAUGUAAGAAAACAGUCCUUUAUAGGGUUGCCAGGCUCAGGGCCUGAGACUGAUCCUGUAUCUUUAGAAGAGUCAGCCAAGUGCUGGUGUUCUUGCAACAUUGUAACGGGAAAAACCACAAGGUGGAAUUCUCCCUUCCCCCUGCACAACUUUUAAAGAUACAGAAGACCUCUUGGAGGCUGGGCCUUGUCUUCUGUAUCUUUAAAAGUUGUGCAGGGAGAAGGAAGAAUGUCACCUUGUGGUUUUUCCCAUUACGGUGUUGCAAGAACACCUGCAUUUGGCUGAUUUUCUCUUCUAAAGAUACAGGAGCAGUCUUAAGCCCUGAACCUGGCAACCCUAGUCAUUUACAAUUCUGGACUGUUUUCUGUAAGUACAGGACCUGCUUUAGAAGAAUGUGAACAGGAGUAAAUGUUUCAGGUUGCAUCUGAAAUUAUGAAAAACUGCAUGAGACUUUUAGAUACAAAAAAGUCACCAUUUUGACCAGAUUGUUUUUUGAAGUGCAGUGAAACUGCAUGUUACAGACUUCUAAUUUUUGUCAUUUGAUAGCAAGAGUGGGUCUUCUUUUUUAACCUAAUCACUACUUGAACGUACUUAAGGGUAGCGCUCAUUACAACAAAUUGGAAUUAUGGCGUGAAAUAGAUUGGUGUCCCUCACUGCCGUUAGCUAGAUAAAUGUUUUCCAGGCUGACAAAAGUAGAUUUCAGGUAUAGCUUUUUUUGUGGAAAAGUAGCAGCUACAUUUUUAUAGACUGUGGCUCAAAUAUCGAGUGGCUAUAAUCUAGUUUAAUUUGCAAUUAAGAAGUUAUGCAUCUUUUCUGAAAUACUUUCCUGGAUAGGUUGAUGACAUAUCAAUAAUUCAUUUUCAGUUAAACACUUGCAUUUCAAUAGCUGAUCUUUACAUAAAUGUCAUUGAUUCUUUGGUCCGAGGCAUUAGAGAACCUGAACUAUUUUACUUUUUGUAAUCUAGUACUGCUGCUAAUCCUAUGUGUCCAUUGCCGGCAGUGGAUUUACACCUGAAAAAUCUUAUAUUUACAUAAUCCAGAAACUUAAGUGUUUUGCAUAGUUUUUGUGUUGGAAAUCUUCAAAUACUGUGUUUUGGUUCACCUUAGGAUUGUCCAGCUAUGAGAAAAUUAUUUCAGCUGUACCAGUGCUGCUGUGCAUUUACUGAUUAUCAACGGUGACAUUUACAUUUAACACACACUAAUAUAUACUUAAUGGGUGACUUAGGCUCGACAUGAAUGCAAUUUGGGAGGUAGCUUUAAUGUUUAGCCAUUUUGUGUGUGUAUGCUAUAACUAUUAAUAAAUAUUCAUAUAAGAUGGCACUUUAA